AUGGCUGCUAAUAAGGAAUACGCUCUCCUGUGCCUGGAGAACCCUCUCCUCGACAUCCAGGCCAAGGGUGACCAGGCCUUGCUCGACAAGUACGGGCUCAAGGCCAACGACGCCAUCCUCGCUGAGGAGAAGCACAAGCCUCUGUACGAGGACCUCCUCAACAACUACGACGCCAAGCUCAUCGCUGGCGGUGCCGCCCAGAACUCGGCCCGCGGCGCCCAGUACAUCCUGCCUCCCAACAGCGUCGUUUACCUCGGUGGCGCCGGUGACGACAAGUACGCCGCCAUCCUGCAAGACGCCGUCAAGCAGGCCGGGCUCCGCGUCGAGUACCGCGUCGACCCCAACGAGCAGACUGGACGCUGCGGUGCCAUCAUCACUGGCCACGACCGCAGCCUCUGCACAGACCUCGGCGCCGCCAACCACUACGGCCUCGACCACCUCAAGAAGCCCGAGAUCUGGAGCCUAGUUGAGAACGCCGACGUCUACUAUGUUGGUGGCUUCCACUUCACCGUCUCCCCCCCUGCCAUCAUGGAGCUCGCCAAGCAGGCCGCAGAGCACAACAAGAUCUUUGUCCUGUCCCUCUCGGCCCCCUUCAUCCCUCAGUUCUUCAAGGAACCCGUCGACGCCAGCGCCCCUUACUGGGACUACGUCAUCGGCAACGAGACCGAGGCCGCCGCCUACGCCGAGUCGCACAACCUCGCCUCCAAGGAGCCCAAGGACGUCGUCACCCACCUGGCUAACCUGCCCAAGGAGAACGGCAAGCGCAAUCGUGUCGCCAUCAUCACCCAGGGCACCGAGCCUACCCUCGUCGCCAUCCAGGGUGAGAAAGGAAUCAAGGAGUUCCCGGUCCACGCCAUCGACGCCGCCCAGAUCAACGACACCAACGGUGCCGGUGACGCCUUCGCUGGUGGCUUCCUCGCCGGAAUCAUACAGGGCAAGCCCCUCGAGACCUCCAUCGACAUGGGCCAGUGGCUCGCCCGUCUGAGCAUCCAGGAGCUCGGUCCCUCAUACCCCUUCCCAAAGCAGACCUACCAGGGUUGA